UCUCCCUCCACCCGGGACCUGUGACCAUGUCGAUGCUCCUGCGUUACGCGGCGGGUGCCACCAAGCCCUCUGUGGCGGUGCGCGCCUGCACUGGUGCCGUUCGCCACUAUGGUGGCCUCGCGGACGACGACCGUGUUUUCCAGAACCUGUACGGUCGCCACGACUGGGGCCUCAAGGGUGCUCUCAAGCGCGGUACCUGGUACAAGACAAAGAACAUUGUUGAAGCUGGCUCCGACUUUAUUCUGGACGAGGUCAAGAAGUCAGGUCUCCGUGGUCGUGGCGGUGCUGGUUUCCCCUCAGGCCUCAAGUGGUCUUUCAUGAACAAGCCCAGCGACGGCAGGCCAAAGUAUCUCGUUGUCAAUGCAGAUGAGGGCGAGCCCGGUACCUGCAAGGAUCGUGAGAUUAUGCGUCACGACCCCCACACGCUGCUGGAGGGCUGCCUGGUGGCCGGUCGUGCCAUGGGCGCCCAAGCCGCCUACAUUUACAUUCGUGGCGAGUUUUUCCAGGAGGCAUCCAACCUUCAGGUUGCCAUCAAUGAAGCUUAUGACAAGGGUCUCAUUGGCAAGAACGCUUGCGGUUCAGGCUAUGACUUUGACAUCUUCCUUUUCCGCGGCGCCGGUGCUUACAUUUGCGGCGAGGAGACGGCCUUGAUCGAGUCGAUCGAGGGCAAGACGGGCAAGCCCCGCCUCAAACCUCCAUUCCCGGCUGAUGUCGGUCUCUUUGGUUGCCCCACCACUGUCGCCAACGUCGAGACUGUGGCCGUGGCCCCCACCAUCUGCCGUCGCGGUGGCGAUUGGUUCGCCAGCUUUGGUCGUGAGCGCAACAGCGGUACCAAGCUCUUUGCCAUCUCGGGUAAUGUCAACAAGCCCUGCGUCGUCGAGGAGGAGAUGUCCAUCUCCCUGCGCGAGCUUUUGGAGAAGCACUGCGGCGGUGUGACUGGUGGUUGGGACAACCUGCUGGGUGUCAUUCCCGGUGGCUCUUCCGUCCCCGUCCUGCCCAAGCACAUUUGCGAUGAUGUCAUGAUGGAUUUCGAUGCCCUUGUCGCUGAGAAGUCGGGUCUCGGUACUGCCGCUGUCAUUGUCAUGGACAAGAGCCAGGACAUUAUCGACUGCAUUGCUCGUCUUUCGGAUUUCUACGUGCACGAGUCGUGUGGCCAGUGCACACCUUGCCGUGAGGGCACAACUUGGUUGUCCAAGGUGAUGCGCCGCUUUGUGAGUGGCGACGCCGAUAAGGAGGAGAUUGACAUGCUGUACGAGCUGACGCGCCAGAUUGAGGGUCACACCAUCUGUGCCCUUGGCGAUGCCGCCGCCUGGCCCGUGCAAGGCCUGAUUCGCCACUUCCGCCCAGAGAUUGAGGCCCGCAUUGACGCCUACAACCAGAACAAGGCAGCCGCCAUUCUGGAUGCAGCCACCAACUAGAGCGGCACCUACCUCUUUCUGGCAUUGAGCCUUGAACGUUGGCAUGCCCAUGCUGCGCUCACGAACGGGCAAUGUCGCCCUCGUCAAAACAGCAGCUGGGUCAAGGCGAGCUCUAUAACGUGUUUCCUUUUUUUCUUUGCGGGCCCGUGCCUUUGCUCGACCUUGCAUCUUAUGGACGCUCCUCUUUCCUCGGCUCUGUGCACAUCACACCUUACUUUUUCUAAUGUGGCCGCUUGACCCUGUACUUGAUCCUUUGUUCCUUUCCUCCUUUUUGUUUGCUUGCAUCGUUGCCACUGCGUGCCUCGAUACCUUCCCGAGCUUUUGUCCCAGCUGCGGCAGAGUGUAAUGAUGUUGUGUUUGCCUCUGCUCAUUUUGUGUAUGGUGUUAUCUCGUGUGGGUGGGCACCUGCCCCAAUGCUCUCCUUGGGUUGGAUGAAGGGGAGCAGUCGCCUUAGCUACUUGUUCUUGUUCCUUCUUGGUCUCUCCCCCCACGCUGGUGCGUUGGACAGAGCAGUGCCUUUUACACAUGAAGUGAUCGACAACAAUUUACCAACAAUUCCG